CCCAGCUCCCCAGCUCCCCAGCUCCCCAGCUCCCCCUUACGUGACGGAAAGUCUUCCGCCGGCGCGUUCGCUACCUACACUCCAGCUUUGCCACCUGAUCACUGUUAUCCAGUCUUAUCUGCACCCCCCACAGUUCCUUCUCGUACAUAAACCCGCUAGCUACUGCUCCCGCUGCCGCUCGUAAAGGAGAAAGAGAAAUCGAAAUCGAAAGCGAGCAUCACCAUUCUCACGAAGCCCUUCCUACCUUUGCGCGUCGUUCCCCUCCUCCGAUCUUUCACCCCGCGCCUCACCAGCACACCCCCCAGCGCUCAGCACAUGGACGUCGUCACCGCGGACCUGAAACCGGCAGGGUUGCAGCCAGCACCUCUUCCCAGCAAAGAUGCCCCGCUCGUAGGGAUAAUAGGCGCCGGCGUCGCAGGGUUGCGGGCCGCGCAGGCCCUGCUCGACAAAGGCUACAACGUAGCCGUGUUCGAAGCGCGGGACCGCGUUGGCGGGCGUGUCUGCUCCAGCGACAAGCUUGGGAAAGCAGUCGAUCUCGGGCCUAACUGGAUCCACGGGACUACCGAGAAUCCGAUAAUACCGCUGUCAGAGCUGGCGAAGUCGACGCUGCAUAGCUUCGAGCAGAGCUGUCCGGUCAUGGAUCCCGAUGGCCAGCUGCUCCCCCAGAGCGAGGCGGAUCAGCUCCAGGACUCGCUGUGGCAGCUUAUCGACCAGGCUACCGACUACUCGAAGGAGCACAAAGCGGUCAUCCCGUCGGGAAAGUCCCUGUAUGAUUACGGCGUGGAGAGGGCGGAUGAAAUAUUUGGGCCCAGUCUGCCGGCUGAAGAGGCCCCCGAUGCGUCUGGUAGACCGGCGAUCCCGAGAACGGAGAGCAGUCGGAUUCGUUGGAAAGGUCACGAACAGAGGAAGGAGUUGUUCUUGAGCAUGCUUCACAUGUGGGGGUCUUUCAUUGGAUCUAGUGUAAUGAGGCAGAGUCUGAAGUUCUUCCUCCUCGAGGAGCCUGUGGAAGGACCAAAUCUGUUUGUUGCGAGCACUUACAAACCGAUGGUCGAUGUCCUUGCGACGGCGGCGCGAGAAGCCGGAGUGAUCAACUUUUCCACUCCCAUCACGUCCGUCACCGUGACGGAUACUCAUUCCACUGACCACCGCCGGAUACUCCUGACGGGACCCAAUUCGACAUAUUCGGUCGACAGCCUGAUCGUCACAAUACCGCUCGGCUGUCUGAAGCGCUCGGCGAUCACGUUCGACCCGCCGCUGCCGCAGCGAAUACAGCAGUCGAUCCACUCACUGAGUUACGGCCACCUCGAGAAGGUGUACAUCCGCUUCCCAGCCGCAUACUGGUUCGGCGACUCCAAAUCGCCCGGGUUCUUUACGUUCCUGACGCCGCGGUACGCGCCGGAAACGAACCCAAACCAAUGGCACAUGUGCUGCUUCUCGCUCGCGCACCUUCCAGAGCCAUACGCGCAGGCCACCCUGCUGUUCUACAUCUUCGGGCCGACGUCCGCGCACCUCACCAGCGAGAGCUUCGCCUCCCCGGACACCGCCGCGGGGUUCGCACAGUACGCCAAGUUCUUCGAACCGUACUUCUCGCGGCUGUGCGGGUACGAUGCCGACUCCCCCGACUGCAAGCCCGCAGACAUCCUGCGCACCAACUGGUCGAGCGACGAGUACGCCGGCUACGGCUCGUACUCUAACUUCCAGGUGGGGCUCGAGGACGGCGAGCGCGAUAUCGAGGUCUUUAGGGAGGGCCUGCGCGAUCGCGGUAUCUGGUUCGCCGGCGAGCAUACCGCUCCCGUCCUCGGUCUUGGCAGUGUCAGCGGCGCUUACUGGAGCGGCGAGAUUGCCGCCCAGAAGGUCGUUGAGAGCUAUGAGCCCGCUGCUGCUGCGGCGGUGCGGCAGAAGGAGGCGGAGGGUGAGCCGUUGGGUGCGCACGCCGCUGAGGGCACCAAGACGGUCGAUGGGGUUUGUGCGUAGCUUUGGUGUAGUACAGUCCGUCCCGACUGGCCUAGAGUAGUAGUCCGGCAGGACAGAGUUUUGCGGCGUUCACUGGCUUCUGUAGUGUAGUAUUAAUUCCGUCCGUUUGACAAUUUACCUUUACCUUUGAG